CCCUAUUUUUUAAAAGAUUUAUUUUAUUUAUUUGAAAGACAGAGUUACAGAGAGAGAGAGAGAGCCAGAGAAAGAGAGAAAGAUCUUCUGUCCACUGGUUCACUCCCCAAAUGACCACAACAGCCAAUGCUGAGCUGAUCUGAAGCCAGGAACCAAGAGCUUCUUCUGGGUUUCCCACGCGGGUGCAGGGACCCAAGGACUUGGACCAUCUUCUACUGCUUUACCAGGCCACAGCAGAGAGCUGAAGCAUCCAGGAGUCGAGCCAGCACCCACGUGGGAUGCCGGCACUGCAAGCCUGGGUUUUAACCCACUGCACUACAGUGCUGGCCCCAUGAAUUCCUCAUUUAUAAAAUUCAAAUAAUAUCUGCCCUACCUACUUCAAGAUUUGUUGUUAGAAUAAAAUGAGAAUAUAUAUGCACACUGGGUUUUUUUCUGCAAAUUUCUAUAGAAGUUUUUUAAUGAUUAUGGAUUUCCAUUCAAGACUUUUACUAAGAUCUUAUGUGAAUGUUUUAGGCUUUAAGGAUGACAUCAGGUCUGAUUUUUCAAGGAUGUCACAGUGUAGUAGGAAGCUAGAGAUCAAAACAGAAAAUUGCUAUAUAGUACAAUGUUAGAAGUGCUCUAAUUAGGGAGUAUACAAUAGCAACAAGAAAUGAACACUUAAAGCUUCCUUGUAAGUCAGAAUGGUUCUCUAGAAGAGGCAAUGCCUGAGAGGAGACCAAGAAUUCGUGUCGGAGUUUGGCAGGGAACAAGGGACGGACACUUGGAGAACAGGAAACAACAUGUACAGAACACAUGGCAUGGAUGUAGGGAAAACUGUAAUGUACUUGUGAAUGGCAAGUUUAGGCACCUACUAUAUGAAAACAGACAGUGAAAGGAGGCUAAAGUAAAAGCCAGAGGUCUAUUAAGAAAAGGUUUAGGGCUGGCACAGUGGCACAUGGAUAAAGAAGGCCACCUGCAGUGCCUACAUCCUGCAUGGGCACUGGUUCAUGUCCCUGCUGCUCCAUUUCUGAUCCAACUCUCUGCUAAUGGGCUGGGAAAAGCAGUGGAGGAUGGCCCAAAUGCUUGGGCCUCUGCUAACCCCGUGAGAGACCUGGAUGAAGCUUCUGGCUCCUGGCUUCAGCCUGGCCCAGCCAUAGCUUUUGUGGCCAUCUGGGAGAGUGAACCCUCCAGAGAAAGAGAGAGAGAUCUUCCGUCCACUGGUUCACUCUCCAAAUGACCACAAUGGCCAGAGCUGAGCUGAUCUGAAGCCAGGAGCCAAGAGCUUCUUCUGGGUCUCCCACGUGGGUGCAGGGUCCCAAGGAAUUGGACCAUCUUCUACUGCUUUACCAGGCCAUAACUUGGUAGAUGGGAAAUUUCUCUACUUCUGUCUAUAACUCUUUCAAAUAAAUAAAUAAAAUCUUAAAAAAAGAGACGUGUUUUUUAUGACAGGCAUAAGACCUGAGAUUUAUUCAUACAGGUAACAUAGAGACACUGGGAUUUUUAAGGAGGGGAGUGGCAGGAUUAGUGUGUAUUAAAAGGAUUAUUGCUUUAAAAACACACAUGAUUAUUGUUGGCUGUGGGGAGGAGGAUUGCAGAAGACAGAAGUAGAGAUCUCUUGGAAGGCUAUUGCAACAUUUUUGGUGAGACCUAAUUUAGAAUCAUACUAAAAUGAUGUGGGAAUAGAAGAUAUUUAGGAAAUAGAAUUAGCGAAAGAGAGUAUUUAGUUUAUGUGAUUCAGCAUCCCUGACUUUUUUAUCUCUAUUAAAUCCUUUUUUUGUAUUGCAAUCUGGCCAGUCACAUGACUAUGGGAAUGAGGUAGCCAAACAAGUUUGACAAGUUCUUAGGUACUUAAAAUGUUGGAUGAACUUAUUAGUCCUCAAACUGAAUUGAUAUAACUUUAGUAAGUUGUUUUCUUUCUUUCUUUUCCGAAAAAAAAAAAAAUGUAAAAUGGAAAUGUAAGAUUAGCUAAAUGGAUGAGUACCUCAGAGAUUUUUGCCAGUGACUUGAUUUGUUGUCUUAAAGAUGUCUUUCUUCACAUAAUAUAUGAAAAGUCAUACUAGGGACAUUCUACAUUCUGUCUUUUAAAAUUUUGUUUGUUUGUGGGUACUUAAUUUGCAAAGCAGAGGCAGAAAGUAAGACCAAGAGACAGAGAUAUUCCAUCCACUGGUUCACUCUCCAAAUGCCCACAACAACCAAGCAUGGGCCAGACUGAAGCCAGGAGACCAGAACUACCUCUGGGUCUCCCAUAUGGGUGGCAGGGAUCCAAGUUCUUUUGUAAUGAUCUGCUGCCUCCCAGGGUACACAUUAACAGGAAGCUGGAUCAGAAGCAGAGGAGCAGGGAUUUGAACCAGGCACUCUGAUAUGGAAUGUCAGUGUCUCAAGCAGUGUCUUAUUAUACUAGAUGCCCUGCCUUCUGCAUUCAGUCUUGGAAUAGGGCAUAUUGACUUUAACAUUUCAGUAGACACUUCCUUAAGUCAAGUAGCACUCCAUUAUGGAGAGAUACUAAACAUUCAUUUUUUAAAACUCAAAUAGCUUAGGCAGGUGUUUGGCCUAGAGUUAAGAUGCUAUUUUGGACACCUACCUCCCGUGUCAUAGUGUCUGGGUUUGAAUCCCAGCUCUGCUCCUGAUUCCAACUAUCUGCUAAUGCCAGUCUAGGAGGGAUGCAGCCCUGAUAUUGCAAGUGGUUGAGUCCCUGCCACCCUCAUGGGCCUAGAUUCUGAGCUCUAAGCUUAAACCUGGCCCAGCUCCAUCCAGCCUUGGGGGCAUUUGGAGAGUGAACAAGAGAUGAAGUGUUUCUAUCUCUCUCAAAUUAAAAAUAAAACAAAACAAAACACAGUUUUAUGGAGAUAAAGUUCAUAUGCCAUAACUUCUCCCAUUUAAAGUAUUUGGUUCAGUUUUCAGUGUAUUCACAGUGUUUUGCAACCAUCACCACAAUUAAAGCAUUUCAUCACCCCAAAGGGAAGCUAAGUACCCUUUAGCAGUCACUCCUUAUAUUCCCCAACCUACUCAUAGCUCUAGGCAGGUACUAUCUGCUUCCAGUCUCUAUAGGUUUGCUUUUUCUAGACAAUUUGUAUAAAGUGAGGCAUGUGACCUUUGGGCAUUUUUGACUGGCUUCUUUCACUUACUCCAAUGUUUUCAAAGUUUUGUUACAUGUAGUGCAUCUUAAUGUUUAUUCCCUUUUUAUUAUGGGAUAAUAUUUGAAUGCAUGGGUGUAAUAUACUUUAUCCACUUAUCAGUUGAUGGCCAUUUAUGUCGUUUCCACUUUUUGGCUGCUAUAAUAAGUAAUAGUUGUAAUCGUUCAUGUAUAAGUUUUUGUAUAAACAUAUGUUUUCAUUACUUAGGUACCUACCCAAAGCAGGAAUAGAACUCUAUAUAGGAGUAGAAUUACCUAGUCAUAUAAAUAUGAUAACUCUCAUGUUUAGACAUCUGAAGAGCACAAUUUUUCAAAAACUGUAUUUAUCUAUUUGAGAGGUGGAUUUCCCAGACAUUCAUUCACUCCCUGAAUGCUCACAACAACCAGGGUUGUGCUAGCUCAAAUGAGAAUCCUGGAACUCAACCCCAUUCUUCUGAUGUGGCUGACAGGGACCAAAGUACUUGACCCAUCACCUGCUGCCUCCCUGAGUGUGCAUUCACUGGAAACUGGAAUCUGAACAGAGCCAGACUCAAACUCAUGCACUCUGAUAUGUGAUAUGGAGUCUGGAGAACGGUUACCAUCCUCCACAGCCUCCUCUACGACACCAACUUCAUCUUCUACACCUUCUGUGGCUUCAGCAGUUUCAAAAGGCGGCCUUUCCACUGGAGCUGCUUCACUUAGCUCUACAAUCAACACAUGUGGACAUUUAUUCAGAGCAGCUGGGGAUCAGCCGUUUAACCUGUCCACAGUGUCGAGUGCCUUCCCAAUGGUCAGCCACCCAGUCUUUGGUCUACAUUCAGCCAGCUCAGGGCAUUCAGAAUUUGGUGGUUUGGGGACACUUGGUACACCCACAGCCUUAGCCGCACAUCCCCAACUAGCAUCUUUUCCAGGUACAGAAUGGUGGCGAACAACAGAUGUUCAUACUCGCACAGGGGCAACCUUCUUUCCGCCGUUACUGGGAAUCCCACCACUGUUUGCUCCUCCAGCCCAGAAUCAUGAGUCUUCAUUCCAUUCAAGGACUUCAGGAAAAAGUAAUCGAAGUGGUCCUGAAAAAGGUGUAAAUGGUUCAAUAAAUGGAAACAGUACAUCAUCUGUAAUUGGUAUCAACACAUCUGUACUUUCUACUACUGCUUCAAGUUCCUUGGGGCAAACUAAAAGUACAAGCUCAGGUGGAGGAAAUCGAAAAUGUAAUCAGGAACAAAACAAAAAUCAGCCUCUGGAUGCUAGAGCUGACAAAAUAAAAGAUAAGAAACCAAGGAAGAAAACUAUGGAAAGUUCUAGCAACAGUGAUAGUGAUUCAGGCACAUCCUCAGACACCUCCAGUGAAGGCAUUAGUAGUAGUGAUUCAGAUGAUCUAGAGGAAGAUGAAGAGGAAGAUCAAAGUAUUGAAGAAAGUGAAGAUGAUGAUUCUGAAUCAGAGGGUGAAGCACAACAUCAAAGUAACAACCAGGUGCUAUUACAUGGUAUUUCGGACCCAAAAUCAGAUGGACAGAAAGCGACUGAAAAAGCCCAGGAAAAAAGAAUACACCAGCCAUUACCUCUUGUGUCUGAAUCCCAGACUCACCCAUCAUUCCAAUCCCAGCAAAAGCAGCCUCAGGUUUUGUCACAGCAGCUUCCAUUUAUUUUCCAAAGCUCUCAGGCAAAGGAGGAAUCUGUGAACAAACACACCAGUGUAAUUCAGUCUACGGGAUUGGUGUCCAAUGUGAAACCCUUAUCUUUAGUAAAUCAAGCCAAAAAAGAAGCUUACAUGAAACUCAUAGUUCCUUCUCCUGAAGUACCUAAAGCAGGGAAUAAAAAUACCUCUGAAGAAUCUAGUUCUUUGACCAGUGAACUGCGAUCCAAACGGGAACAGUAUAAACAGACAUUCCCAUCACAGUUAAAGAAGCAGGAGUCAUCCAAAAGCCUGAAGAAGGUUAUUGCAGCUUUGUCAAAUCCAAAAGCAACCUCUAGUUCACCAGCACAUCCAAAACAAACAUUAGAAAAUACCCACCCUAACCCAUUCUUAACAAACGCACUUUUAGGUAAUCACCAACCAAAUGGAGUUAUUCAGAGUGUCAUUCAAGAAGCUCCUCUAGCACUUACUACCAAAACUAAGAUGCAGAGUAAGAUCAAUGAAAGCAUUGCUGCUGCAAGUAUCACCCCUUUUUCCUCACCUGUAAAUUUGAGUACAAGCGGGAGAAAAACCCCUGGCAAUCAGCCACCUGCAAUGCCCUCUACCUCUCCUAUACUGCAUAAUCAAGGGAAGGAAAAAGCAGUUGGCAAUAACGUGAACACAGUGAAAACACAGCAUCUCACCCAUCCUGCACAGUCAUUAGUGGAACAGUUUAGAGGAGCAGAUUCAGACAUUCCCAGUAGUAAAGAUUCUGAAGAUUCCAAUGAGGAUGAAGAGGAAGAUGAUGAGGAAGAUGAUGAGGAAGAUGAUGAAGAUGAUGAGUCUGAUGACAGCCAAUCAGAAUCAGAUAGUAAUUCAGAAUCAGAGACAGAAGGAUCAGAAGAAGAGGAUGAUGAUGAUAAAGACCAAGAUGAAUCAGAUAGCGAUACAGAAGGAGAGAAAACUUCAAUGAAACUGAAUAAAACAACUUCCUCUGUUAAAAGCCCUUCCAUCAGUCUCACAGCUCACUCAACACCUCGUAACCUCCACAUAGCAAAAGCCCCAGGCUCUGCUCCUGCUGCCUUAUGUUCUGAAUCCCAGUCACCUGCUUUUCUUGGCACAUCUUCUUCCACACUUACUUCAAGUCCACACUCUGGCAAUUCCAAAAGAAGAAGAGUAACAGAUGAACGUGAACUGCGUAUUCCCUUGGAAUAUGGCUGGCAGAGAGAGACAAGAAUAAGAAACUUUGGAGGGCGCCUUCAAGGAGAAGUAGCAUAUUAUGCUCCAUGUGGGAAGAAACUUAGGCAGUACCCUGAAGUAAUAAAGUAUCUCAGCAGAAAUGGAAUAAUGGAUAUCUCAAGGGACAAUUUCAGCUUCAGUGCAAAAAUAAGAGUGGGUGACUUCUAUGAAGCCAGAGAUGGACCGCAGGGAAUGCAGUGGUGUCUUUUGAAAGAAGAAGAUGUCAUUCCUCGUAUCAGGGCAAUGGAAGGUCGUAGAGGAAGACCACCCAAUCCAGAUAGACAGCGAGCAAGAGAGGAAGCCAGGUUGAAACGUCGAAAGGGUCGACCUCCAAAUGUUGGCAAUGCUGAAUUCCUAGAAAACACGGAUGCCAAAUUGCUAAGAAAACUCCAAGCUCAAGAAAUAGCCAGGCAAGCAGCACAAAUAAAGCUUUUAAGAAAACUUCAAAAGCAAGAACAGGCUCGAGUUGCCAAAGAAGCUAAAAAACAACAAGCAAUAAUGGCUGCUGAGGAAAAGCGAAAGCAAAAGGAACAGAUCAAGAUUAUGAAGCAACAGGAAAAAAUUAAGAGAAUACAGCAAAUACGAAUGGAAAAAGAACUUCGAGCCCAACAAAUUCUAGAGGCUAAAAAGAAAAAGAAAGAAGAAGCGGCAAAUGCCAAAUUAUUGGAGGCCGAGAAACGAAUAAAGGAAAAAGAAAUGAGAAGACAACAGGCUGUUCUUCUGAAGCAUCAGGAGUUGGAGAGGCAUAGACUAGAUAUGGUAUGGGAACGAGAACGAAGGCGACAGCAUAUGAUGCUUAUGAAAGCAAUGGAGGCUCGUAAAAAGGCAGAAGAGAAAGAACGGUUGAAGCAAGAAAAACGUGAUGAGAAAAGAUUAAAUAAAGAACGCAAACUUGAGCAACGAAGAUUAGAAUUAGAAAUGGCAAAGGAACUAAAGAAGCCUAAUGAAGACAUGUGCUUAGCAGACCAAAAGCCUUUGCCCGAAUUGCCUCGUAUUCCAGGACUUGUUCUCUCUGGAAGUACAUUUUCCGACUGUCUCAUGGUGGUACAGUUCUUAAGAAACUUUGGUAAAGUUUUGGGCUUUGAUGUGAAUAUUGAUGUUCCCAACCUGAGUGUUCUUCAAGAGGGAUUACUAAAUAUAGGAGACAGCAUGGGUGAAGUACAAGACUUGCUUGUGAGACUCCUCUCAGCUGCUGUAUGUGAUCCAGGUCUAAUAACAGGAUACAAGGCCAAAACAGCUCUUGGAGAACAUUUGCUGAAUGUUGGUGUGAACCGGGACAAUGUUUCCGAGAUUUUGCAGAUCUUUAUGGAAGCCCACUGUGGACAAACCGAGCUUACAGAGAGCCUGAAGACAAAAGCUUUUCAGGCCCACACACCAGCGCAGAAAGCCUCAAUCCUGGCUUUCCUCAUCAAUGAACUGGCGUGCAGCAAGAGUGUGGUGAGUGAAAUUGACAAAAACAUUGAUUAUAUGUCAAACUUGAGAAGAGAUAAAUGGGUGGUAGAAGGUAAACUCCGCAAGCUCAGAAUCAUUCAUGCUAAGAAAACAGGCAAACGAGACACUUCAGGUGGAAUUGAUCUUGGGGAAGAACAACUUCCCCUGGGCACACCCACUCCAGGACGCAAGCGAAGAAGGAAGGGAGGAGAUAGUGACUAUGAUGAUGAUGAUGACGAUGACAGUGAUGACCAAGCUGAUGAAGACGAGGAGGAUGAAGAAGAUAAAGAAGACAAAAAAGGAAAGAAGACUGAUAUCUGUGAAGAUGAGGAUGAUGGUGACCAAGCAGCAAGUGUUGAAGAGCUAGAAAAACAGAUUGAAAAACUGAGUAAACAACAGAGUCAGUACAGAAGGAAGCUCUUUGAUGCUUCUCACUCAUUACGUUCGAUGAUGUUCGGCCAAGAUCGUUACAGACGCCGGUACUGGAUUCUUCCCCAGUGUGGGGGAAUUUUUGUAGAAGGCAUGGAGAGUGGUGAAGGACUAGAAGAAAUUGCAAAAGAAAGAGAAAAACUAAAAAAAGCAGAAAGUGUCCAAGUCAAAGAAGAAAUGUUUGAGACAUCUGGGGACUCUUUAAAUUAUUCAAAUACAGAUCACUGUGAACAAAAGGAAGAUUUUAAGGAAAAAGAUAACACAAAUCUGUUUCUUCAGAAACCUGGCUCUUUCUCCAAAUUAAGCAAGCUUUUGGAAGUUGCCAAGAUGCCUCCUGAGUCAGAGGUCAUGAACCCUAAACCAAAUGUUAGUGCAAACGGUUGCACAUUGUCUUAUCAAAGCAGUGGAAAACAUUCAACAGGCAGCAGUCAAUCAACAGCCACACAAAGCAAUGUGGAAAAGACAGACUCUAAUAAUCUGUUUAAUACUGGCUCAAGUGGUCCAGGGAAGUUCUACAGCCCUCUCCCCAACGACCAGUUGUUAAAAACGCUAACUGAAAAGAAUAGACAGUGGUUCAGCCUUUUGCCAAGAACACCUUGUGAUGACACAUCACUUACCCAUGCUGAUGUACCAACUGCUUCUGUGACUCCUCAGUCUCAGCCACCAUCCAAGUCUCCUUCACCUGCCCCAGCCCCUCUUCUUGGAUCAUCUUCUACUCAGAAUCCUGCUGGUCUAAACCCAUUUGCUUUGUCACCUCUUCAGAUGAAAAGUGGAGUAUCUGUUAUGGGACUUCAGUUUUGUGGGUGGCCCACUAGCGUGCUUACUUCCAAUAUUCCAUUUACAUCGCCCUUACCUAGUCUGGGAUCCGGGCUGGGGUUAUCAGAAGGAAAUGGUAGUUCAUUUUUGACUUCCAACGCUGCUUCAAGUAAAAGUGAAUCUCCAGUACCACAGAAUGAAAAGAUGUCUUCAGUUCAACCUGCAGCUGUUGAAGUAGCAAAACCAGUAGAUUUUCCUAGUCCAAAACCUAUUCCAGAAGAGAUGCAGUUUGGUUGGUGGAGAAUUAUUGACCCAGAGGACCUAAAAACUUUGCUCAAAGUGCUGCAUCUCAGAGGAAUAAGAGAAAAGGCAUUACAGAAACAAAUUCAGAAGCACUUGGAUUAUAUUACUCAAGCCUGCAUCAAAAAUAAGGAUGUUGCUAUUAUUGAAUUAAAUGAAAAUGAAGAAAACCAGGUAACUCGGGAUAUUGUGGAGAACUGGUCGGUAGAAGAACAAGCAAUGGAAAUGGAUCUGAGUAUCCUUCAACAGGUAGAAGAUCUAGAAAGGAGAGUUGCAUCAGCAAGUUUGCAAGUAAAGGGUUGGAUGUGUCCAGAGCCUGCAUCAGAAAGGGAGGACUUGGUAUAUUUUGAACAUAAGUCAUUUACUAAAUUGUGCAAGGAACAUGAUGGAGAAUUUACUGACGAAGAAGAAAGCAGUGCACAUGCACUAGACCGGAAGAGUGACAACCCCCUAGAUAUAGCUGUAACCAGACUGGCUGAUUUGGAGCGGAACAUUGAAAGAAGGUAUCUGAAGAGCCCCUUAAGUACCACCAUUCAGAUCAAACUGGAUAAUGUGGGCACAGUUACUGUCCCUGCUCCUGCACCAUCCAUUAGUGGUGAUGGUGACGGAAUUGAAGAGGAUAUUGCUCCAGGGCUCAGGGUAUGGAGAAGGGCAUUGUCAGAAGCUCGCAGUGCUGCACAGGUAGCUCUGUGCAUUCAGCAGUUACAGAAAUCAAUAGCAUGGGAAAAAUCAAUUAUGAAAGUUUACUGCCAAAUCUGUCGGAAGGGAGAUAAUGAAGAACUACUUCUCCUUUGUGACGGCUGUGACAAAGGCUGUCAUACCUACUGCCACAGACCCAAGAUUACAACCAUACCAGAUGGAGACUGGUUCUGUCCUGCUUGCAUUGCUAAGGCAAGUGGUCAAACUCUAAAAAUCAAAAAACUUCACGUCAAAGGGAAAAAAACCAACGAUUCAAAGAAAGGCAAGAAAGUAGCUUUAACGGGGGAUACUGAGGAUGAAGACUCUGCCUCCACAAGUAGUUCGCUGAAAAGAGGGAGCAAAGACCUCAAAAAAAGAAAAAUAGAGGAAAACACUUCUGUUAGCUUGUCAAAACAAGACAGCUUUACGUCUGUUAAGAAACCUAAAAGAGAUGACUCCAAGGACCUAGCUAUUUGCAGUAUGAUCCUGACUGAAAUGGAAACUCAUGAGGAUGCCUGGCCUUUUCUACUUCCUGUAAACUUGAAACUUGUUCCUGGUUAUAAGAAAGUUAUUAAGAAGCCUAUGGAUUUUUCCACGAUCAGAGAGAAGCUAAGUAGUGGACAGUACCCCAACCUGGAGACCUUCGCCGUAGAUGUCAGGCUUGUUUUUGACAACUGUGAAACCUUCAAUGAAGAUGAUUCUGACAUAGGCAGAGCUGGCCACAGUAUGAGGAAGUAUUUUGAAAAAAAGUGGACAGAUACUUUCAAAGUGCUUCAGGAUCUAAAUCUUGACUAGUGAGCCAGCCACGGCAGUUCCAUUCCUCUUGCAAGUGAUGGCUUAAAGACGACACACGAUACCCUUCUGGGCAGUGACACAAGAGGGAACAGCUGCUGGGAGACUUCUGGAGACUUGUCCGGGAGAGUGCGUGUGUGCAGCGGGGACAGACUCUCGCCUUGGGGAAUGCUUGUGGGAGGCCAUGAGGCUUGGAGCAACUGCAGCCGUCAUGACAACGCUGAGGGUGGGGAUGGGUGAGGAGGGAGAAAGAACUUGGGCUCUUGAUAACAGGAGCCACCAGACGAAUUAACCCUGGAGUCACACUGUCUCUGAGUAUUUCUCUAGGUGAGAUAAUAAAUUUGUUUUAUUAUGUAA